AUGACUUUUCGGCAGCCCCGCCUGUCGAUCAGUAAUUCUCUUUUGCCGACAGCGGUGGACUGGGCAGUUAUGCGUGCAAUGCGUGAGUGGCAUAACGGUGUGGAAGCCGCUGAUGCUUCUGCCAGUUCCUCAGAGGGACGCGUCACAGAAGAGCUAUCCCCAUUUUGGAUUCCGACACGGGUGGUCGGCUUCUUGGCUAACGCGCUGCUCCGUGAGAGGCAGUCGUCACAUAUGCCUUUCCGUACCCCUGUUAUGGAUGGGACGCGGAUGACAACUAAGAGUGGAACGAAACAGUUGGAAAGUGUUUAUUUUGCCAACGGAAGGGGAUCUGUAAGCGUUUUCGGUUUUUCUUUUGUCAAUGCUUCCAGCACGCCUAUAUGCUCCGCGGUGGACUCCUGCACAUGCGUCUCUUACGAACUUCCCAUAAGUGAGUCUGGAGAUCUCAUCGGGUUCUUGAUGGGAAAGGUGUCAUUGGCGGCUCCUUCACGCCUCUCAUCACUUACAGCGUCUUGCGGUGAUAAUCACAGUCUCGGGAAGGGUUGUUUCCCUCUUAAAUUUGGAUCCCCGUACUGGAUAGAGGGGGAGGGACUGGAGAGGCGAUGGAGGGGGGUCACCAUCACCCCGAACGCCACACCGCUGUACGUUGGACGAAGUUCACGUUGGCUUAUUAAUGCGGAGCAAACCAACGAUGCCUCACGCUUCGACUCUCUGUCAUGUACACCGUUUCGACGGCACCAGUGCCUCACCGAGGAUGGGGUGCAUGACGUUUCGUUGGACUUUUCAGCAAGGCUUGCCGAGGCGUUUUUGGAGAUGAAGCGAAACCCGGAGAAGACGCAUUCAACGCCAACAAAAUUUUGCGAGCCGAACACGACGCGACGGACCUGCCACGAACAUCAUUGUUUUUAUGAACGACAGCAGCAGAUGACUGACAGCCCCAGCAAUCUUUGGAUUGACGCGGGAGUUAUUGAGAGGAGUGGAUGGUCCCUGCAGGACGCGGCUGUCGGUGUUGAACUGCCGCCGCACCAACUGAUGGGGGUGGAACGGAACGCUGUGAGUGGUGUCAACUCCGCCACUGAGAAGGCGAAGUCAAUCGUCGUCGUGAAUGCGGAGUUUGUUUGUGAACGGGACUCGUUGCUGGACGUUAUCACGUACAGGCCUGAGUGCAUUGGGCUUCAACGGAAUCAGUUUUUGGGUUCACGUGCAACGACGCAGCUUGCCCUGCUGGCCCACAUGAUGAAUUACACUUCGCCGACAUGGAUCCAUGCCACAGUCGCGGAGAGGGCUGGCCUCUGUGUGAAAAAAGGCCGUGCAGCCACCGGCGUGGAGGUGAAAAUAAAGGAAAGUUAUCAAAAUGUGACGUUAACUGCUGUUUUGAUCAACGCAGACGAGCUCGAUCUCGCGCAAGAGCGCAUUGCAGAGCUGCGCAACGGAAGCGUGUAG